GUGUGUACUUGAGUCUGUGUGUGUCUAUGUCCAUGCCUGUGGUGGCAUGGCACAUUCACAUCUGGUUCCCAUUACACUGGGUAUAAAAUGGCUUUCUGCUGUCUGCGCUCUCACACAUACACACUGUAGCCAUGGAGGUAGCAUUCCUCAUCUGCCUGCUCUGCCUUCAGGCCUGCCUGCUAACAGAUGGUCAGCCGAACAGCAAAGACACAAGCACUAGCGUAUUAACCAAAGAUCAGGAUGGCGUGAUGUCCGAGAGUCGACUGAGGAGAGACACUAGCUUAAGCCAGAUUGGAGCUGUUUCAGCGAGAGGCAUGCCUAAUGUGCUUCUACAGGCUGACAGAUCAAGAAGACAUCUGUCCGGUAACAAGAGGAAGGUCAAGCGCAAGUCACGUGUUGGCUCUUUCUCACUCCUAAGUCACAACAACCCGACCUUCCCUUUGCAGGUCACAAGGGUUAAAAGGGAUGAGCAACAGAAAAGGGUGAGGCUGACCAGAAAACAACCUCCAAAUCACAACAGUAUCAGGAUGUUUUAAUGUCCUAAAAUGAAUAUUAUAUAUUUGCUACACUAUUAUCUAUGUCCAGAAUAGGACAUACAGCUCCGGAAAAUAGAUAUUAUAAUAAUACUAAGAGACCACUUCAAAAUUAUCAGUUUUUUUCUCUCGAUUUUACUACUAAUAGGCAUGCGUUUGGGUAAAACAAACAUUGUUGUUUCAUUCUAUAAGCUACUGACAACAUUUUCUCUGAAUUUCAAAUGAAAAUGUGUUGUUUUGACCAUUUGCCAUUUUCUGCAAAUGACAAUAUUUUCAUUAAAAAUUCUGGAGAGAUGAUGUCACUAGUUUAUAGAAUGAAACAACAAUAUUCAUUUUACGGAAACACUAACUACCUAUUGAUAGUAAAAUCAGAAAAACUAAAUCAUUUUGAAGUGGUCUCUUAAUAUUUUCCAGAGCUGUAUAUAGGCCAUACUAACUUGAGCAAUGUAUCACUAACAAUAUGUUAACAUAAUAUAAUAUUCAUUCUAAAGCAAAUUGUGAUGCAUUGAAAUGGUACAUGUAAUGG